AUGACUACCUCUCCCCAGCAGUAUAUCUCCCCAGCAGUACAUCUCCCCAGCAGUACAUCUCCCCAGCAGUACCACUCCCCAGCAGUAUAUCUCCCCAGCAGUACAUCUCCCCAGCAGUACCUCUCCCCAGCAGUAUAUCUCCCCAGGAGUACCUCCACCCAGCAGUAUAUCUCCCCAGGAGUACCUCCACCCAGCAGUAUAUCUCCCCAGGAGUACCUCUCCCCAGCAGUAUAUCUCCCCAGCAGUACAUCUCCCCUGCAGUAUAUCUCCCCAGCAGUACCUCCACCCAGCAGUACCUCUCCCCAGCAGUACCUUUCCCCAGCAGUAUAUCUCCCCAGCAGUAUAUCUCCCCAGCAGUACCUCUCCCCAACAGUACCUCUCCCCAGCAGUAUAUCUCCCCAGGAGUACCUCCACCCAGCAGUAUCUCUCCCCAGCAGUAUCUCUCCCCAGCAGUAUAUCUCCCCAGCAGUACCUCUCCUCACCCUUACCUCUCCCCAGGAGUACCUCUCCCCAGCAGUAUCUCUCCCCAGCAGUACCUCCACCCAGCAGUACCUCUCCCCAGCAGAACCUUUCCCCAGCAGUAUAUCUCCCCAGCAGUAUAUCUCCCCAGCAGUACCUCUCCCCAGCAGUACAUCUCCCCAGCAGUACAUCUCCCAGCAGUACAUCUCCCCAGCAGUACCUCUCCCCAGCAGUAUCUCUCUCCAGCAGUACCUCUCCCCAGCAGUUCAUCUCCCCAGCAGUAUAUCUCCCCAGCAGUACCUCUCCCCAGCAGUACCUCUCCCCAGCAGUAUAUCUCCCCAGCAGUACCUCUCCCCAGCAGUACCUCUCCCCAGCAGUACAUCUCCCCAGCAGUACAUCUCCCCAGCAAUAUAUAUCCCCAGCAGUACCUCUCCUCACCAUUACCUCUCCCCAGGAGUACCUCUCCCCAGCAGUAUAUCUCCCCAGCAGUACCUCUCCCCAGCAGUACCUCUCCCCAGCAGUACCUUUCCCCAGCAGUAUAUCUCCCCAGCAGUACCUCUCCCCAACAGUACCUCUCCCCAGCAGUAUAUCUCCCCAGGAGUACCUCCACCCAGCAGUAUCUCUCCCCAGCAGUAUCUCUCCCCAGCAGUAUAUCUCCCCAGCAGUACCUCUCCUCACCCUUACCUCUCCCCAGGAGUACCUCUCCCCAGCAGUAUCUCUCCCCAGCAGUACCUCUCCCCAGCAGUAUCUCUCCCCAGCAGUAUCUCUCCUCACCAUUACCUCUCCCCAGGAGUACCUCUCCCCAGCAGUAUAUCUCCCCAGCAGUACCUCCACCCAGCAGUACCUCUCCCCAGCAGUACCUUUCCCCAGCAGUAUAUCUCCCCAGCAGUAUAUCUCCCCAGCAGUACCUCUCCCCAGCAGUACAUCUCCCCAGCAGUAUAUCUCCCCAGCAGUACCUCUCCCCAGCAGUACAUCUCCCCAGCAGUACAUCUCCCCAGCAGUACCUCUCCCCAGCAGUACCUCUCCCCAGCAGUAUCUCUCUCCAGCAGUACCUCUCCCCAGCAGUACAUCUCCCCAGCAGUACAUCUCCCCAGCAGUAUAUCUCCCCAGCAGUACCUCUCCCCAGCGGUACCUCUCUCCAGCAGUACCUCUCCCCAGCAGUAUCUCUCCCCAGCAGUACAUCUCCCCAGCAGUACAUCUCCCCAGCAAUAUAUAUCCCCAGCAGUACCUCUCCUCACCAUUACCUCUCCCCAGGAGUACCUCUCCCCAGCAGUAUAUCUCCCCAGCAGUACCUCUCCCCAGCAGUACCUCUCCCCAGCAGUACCUCUCCCCAGCAGUAUCUCUCUCCAGCAGUACCUCUCCCCAGCAGUAUCUCUCCCCAGGAGUACCUCUCCCCAGCAGUACCUCUCCCCAGCAGUAUCUCUCCCCAGCAGUAUAUCACCCCAGCAGUACCUCUCCCCAGCAGAGAAAUAUCACAUAUAUCUCCCCAGCAGUACCUCUCCCCAGCAGUAUAUCUCCCCAGCAGUACCACUCCCCAGCAGUAUCUCUCCCCAGCAGUAUCUCUGCCCAGGAGUAUUUCUCCCCAGCAGUAUAUCUGCCCAGCAGUACAUCUCCCCAGCAGUAUAUCUCCCCAGCAGUACCUCCACCCAGCAGUACCUCUCCCCAGCAGUAUCUCUCCCCAGCAGUAUAUCUGCCCAGCAGUACAUCUCCCCAGCAGUAUAUCUCCCCAGCAGUACCUCCACCCAGCAGUACCUCUCCCCAGCAGUACCUUUCCCCAGCAGUAUAUCUCCCCAGCAGUAUAUCUCCCCAGCAGUACCUCUCCCCAGCAGUAUAUCUCCCCAGGAGUACCUCCACCCAGCAGUAUCUCUCCCCAGCAGUACCUCUCCCCAGCAGUAUCUCUCCCCAGCAGUAUCUCUCCUCACCAUUACCUCUCCCCAGGAGUACCUCUCCCCAGCAGUACCUCUCCCCAGCAGUACAUCUCCCCAGCAGUACCUCUCCCCAGCAGUAUAUCUCCCCAGCAGUACCUCUCCCCAGCAGUAUAUCUCCCCAGGAGUACCUCCACCCAGCAGUAUAUCUGCCCAGCAGUAUUUCUCCCCAGCGCUACCUCUCUCCAGCAGUACCUCUCCUCACCAUUACCUCUCCCCAGCAGUAUCUCUUCUCAACAGAACCUCUCCCCAGUAG